UUUCAUUUGUAUACACAUUUUACACAUUAAGUGGCUAUCGCUUGUUCUGUGAACACAAAAUUUCCAAAAUAUUUUCUCUAAAAAUCUGGGACUUCUCUCUCUCUCUCUCUCUUUCUGUCGGUGAUUAAAGGAAGGCCUACCUACGAUCACAAGAAACUGUAAACCUUCGUUUUUGAUUAUGGCGCACUUCAUAAUUCGAGAAGGUCUGAAGCUGCUCUUCCAUGGCGACAGAUUGUCUUUCGGGUUUGAAGCGAAAGACACUUUUCAUUAUAAACUUGGUAGUUGUGUCAACAACAAUGUCAGGUUAUGUGGCUCUACCCGUGUUUUUAGUUCUAGAGACAGGAAAUCGAUCACCGUUAAUGUAGAAGAGCAUGACGUUGUUUACUAUGAAGAUGGUGAGUAUGAAAGGGAUGAGUUGGACUGCUUCCGAGGUUUAGUCUUGGAUAUCUCUUACAGGCCUAUCAAUGUUGUCUGCUGGAGGCGUGCUAUCUGUUUGGAGUUCAUGGAGAAGGCUGAUGUUCUAGAAUAUUAUGAUCAGACUGUAAACUCUCCCAGUGGAUCCUUCUACAUACCAGCUGUUUUAAGGGUUCCCCAUUUACUGCAGGUUGUGAAGAGGAGAAGAAUCAAACAAACCCUUAGUCGUAAAAAUAUAUUUGUUCGGGAUGUCUUCACUUGUCAGUAUUGUUCUUCAAGACACAGUUUGACUGUUGACCACGUUCUGCCAAUAUCUCGGGGUGGAGAAUGGAAAUGGGAAAAUCUGGUUACAGCUUGUGCAAAAUGCAAUUCAAGGAAGGGUCAGAUGACUUUGGAGGAAGCAAAUAUGAAGCUGAACAAAGUCCCCAAGGCCCCAAAGGAAUACGACAUGCUGGCCAUACCUUUGACAGCUACUGCUUUGAAGAUGCUGAGGAUUCGAGAUGGGACACCAGAUGAGUGGCGUCAAUACCUGGCGAAGCCUUCGUCAGAGCCAUGACAUGAAUGGUGGCUGUAAUGUGCAUAUGUGCAUACCUAUAUUCUGUACAUACUUAUGCCUCACCGAAAGUGCCUGGAAAAGUUUAUCAAGCGACCACGUUUUCCAGUAAGUUUCCCCACUGCAUAUCAAGUUCAUGUAUAGUUACAGAAGCACAAAAUGUUGUACUGUGAUCCCCAUUAAACCUUUGCUUUGUACCCAAAAAUAUUGUCACCACCAGAAUAGAAAUAUCAGUACAUCACUGUCACUUUAAAAUUUCUCA